AGGAGACCUGUGGCUCAUCACUGGAGCACAGCGGGAGAUUCGCUCCUUUCACGCGCAUUACAGCUACACACUGCGGUACGCGCGCUUCUUCUCUCUGCACGCGCACUUGUUUGGAUUAAUUAAGCGUUAUUGUAGCUGAAAGUUAGAUAAUUAUUUAUCACGAGGAGUCAUGGAUUGCUCUGAAGAGGUGCAGUCACUGUCAGAUGAAGCCAGCUCUCCCAUCGAGUUAAAGAAAGGAAUGUCAAUAUUUUUGGAUAUACUGAGAAGAGCUGACAAAAAUGAUGAUGGGAAGCUGUCCUUUGAUGAGUUCAAGGCUUAUUUCUCAGAUGGUGUUCUGUCAGGAGAUGAAUUAAAGGAGCUUUUCCAUACAAUUGACACUCAUAACACAGAGAAUGUGGACACGGAUGAGCUGUGUGAAUACUUCUCUCAGCAUCUUGGAGAAUAUGAAAAUGUCCUUGCCGCCUUGGAAGACCUGAACGUAUCCAUACUGAAAGCCAUGGACAAAACCAAGAAGGACUACCAGGAAGCCACACAUCUGGAGCAGUUUGUGACCCGUUUCCUGUUGAAGGAGACCACCAGUCAGCUGCAGUCUCUCCAGAGCUCUCUGGAGUGUGCCAUGGAGACCACAGCUGAGCAGACCCGGCAGGAGAGGCAAGGGCCCGUGAAGCCAGAGGUUCUGCCCAUUCAGUGGUCAGGAAGGAGAUCUAAUCGAAGACUUCAAAGGAAUAACAGCUUGUCUCCAAACAACCCACUUCUGAACCUUGUCAAUUCAGGUCUGUAUGAAGAGGACAACCAGUGGAUAACUCAGGUCAACAGACUGCAAAAGCUGAUCGACCGUCUCGAGAAAAAGGAACUGCGUUUGGAGCCUGUGGAAGAAGAGGUGUUGGAGAGCACCACCAAAUCACACAUCCUGAUCGUGCAGAGGCAGCUGUCCGUGCUGGAGGAGGACGUGGAGGAGUUUCGUCUGGCUCUCAGGCAGUACACUGAAAGUGCCAGCGCCCAGACCGGCUGCCUCCACGUUGCAGUUCAGCGGCUUGCCAAUGAAUCCCGCUUCAUACUGUACGAGUUCUGGGAGCAAAGCAACGUGUGGAAGAAUCAUCUGCAAACCAAUUACAGUAAAACCUUUCAGAGAGGCAAUGUGGAUUUCUUAGAGACGCCAGAAAUGAUGACGACUAUGCUGGUUCCAGCGUCAUGGUGGGUCCUCAACAACAACUAAGAUUUGUCGACACCAGACAUAAUGAGAACCUCACAAGCCAAGACUGUCAUCAGGAAGUGAGCACUUGCAUUCAUAUUUGCUGUAUAGUCAUAGUGACUAGCACUUGCUUUCCAUGUUGUUACAUUAUUAGCUCUAUAUGAGUACUGUACUGUAAACUGUAGAUAAUAUCAAAUAAAGCAAUGAGAUCUUUGUAUUUAUGAUAGCACUCCAAUCCCAUCAGAGUUGCAAAAGCUAUGUGUUCAUCUGUGGCGUGACAGUACAUGUGUGCUGUCAGUCUGUCUGUCUCCUCACGUAGUGAUGUCACUGUUCCUGAACACAUCAGAGUCCCUGACAUGGACGUUUCUUAU